AUGGAAACUCAUCACUUCUGUCAUUUCAUCCUUUUCUUCUCAACAUUCAUAUCCUCAUUCGACCCGAUUCUUUGUAUCGAUAACUCCUCGGAUGCCUUUUGGCUCCUAAAAAUAAAAUCCAAACUCAUCGACCCGUUUGGAGUUCUCAACACCUGGUCUCAAAACACUAGCAUGUGUUCUUGGUAUGGAGUUACAUGCACAGAUGACAAAACCCACGUUUUGUCACUCGAUUUGCCGAAUUCCGGCCUAAAUGGAGUUAUCUCCCCCAAAAUCUCAAAGCUCAUAUUCCUUGAAAGUCUCGAUUUAUCUCAAAAUCACCUCUCUGGCUCCAUUCCUCCUGCUAUCAGGAAGCUUCGGAACCUGCAAGCGCUUCAGCUUUUCUCAAACUUCAUAUCCGGCACAAUCCCUCCUGAGAUUGCCCUUUUGAAGAACCUGCAAAUACUCAGAAUAGGUAAUAAUACGCUCACUGGUGAGAUUUUGCCGGCCAUUGGGAGGAGUUUGACCGAGCUAAGAGUCUUGGGCCUUUCUUAUUGCCAGUUUUAUGGUAGCAUUCCAAAAGAGUUUGGAUAUUUGACGAAUCUCCAACUUUUGGACAUUCAGCACAAUAAUAUCGGUGGGCACUUACCGAAAGAGAUUGGCGAAUGCAGAGAGCUUGAGAAACUCAAUGCAGCAAAUAACAUGAUUAUGGGGGCAAUCCCAGGCUCAAUCGGCGGGCUCGAAUCCAUUCCGAAAGAGUUUGGAUAUUUGACGAAUCUCCAACUUUUGGACAUUCAGCAUAAUAAUAUCGGUGGGCACUUACCGAAAGAGAUUGGCGAAUGCAGAGAGCUUGAGAAACUCAACGCAGCAAAUAACAUGAUUAUGGGGGCAAUCCCAGGCUCAAUCGGCGGGCUCGAAUCGUUGCAGAUAUUGAAUUUGGGCAACAACAGUCUUUCCGGGCCGAUCCCUGUCGAGUUGGGCCGUUUGUCGAACUUGACAUAUUUGAAUCUUCAAGGAAAUGGGUUGAGAGGCGAAAUUCCUAUGGAACUCAACAAUCUGUCUCUGUUGUCCACUUUGGACUUAUCAAGAAAUAAACUUUCUGGGCCCAUAAGCAUUUUCCACUACUUCACAAAUCUUCAAUGUUUGGUUUUAUCAGGCAACUUUUUCUCAGGUGGGCUCCCAGAAAAUCUCUGCACCAAUAAUCCAAACCUGACCCAGCUUCUCCUGGCCGGAAACAAUUUAUCUGGAAAAUUUCCGGUUGAGAUACUAAAUUGCUCGUCACUCGAGCAAUUAGACCUCUCCGGAAAUAACAUCGAUGGGCCUUUGCCAGAGGACAUUGAUAAGCUCGAGAGAUUAACAGAUCUUAUGCUCAGUAACAACAGAAUUACUGGAAAAGUACCCAACAAAAUUGGUAAUUUGAGCAGUAUAAGGACUUUAGACCUCUCUGACAACAUGAUCACGGGCCCAAUCCCAGUGGAAAUCGGGAAGCUAAAGCAGCUAAGCAUUUUAGACCUCGACGACAAUCAAAUGUCAGGCAGUAUACCUCGUGAGUUAACGAACUGCUCGAGCCUGCAAGCAGUUGAUCUAUCUUACAAUCAAUUUUCGGGGUUCAUUCCUCCGAGAAUGGGGAAACUCGAGAAUCUUGAAUAUAUUGACCUAAGGCAAAACAAGCUCGAGGGUCCGAUUCCAGCAAGCUUAGGAAAAUGCAGACAGCUUCAGAUACUUGGCUUGUCAGACAACAAUCUUUCGGGCCCCAUACCAACCUCAUUCGGGUUUCUUACCGGACUUUUGCUUUUGGCUCUCUACAACAACUCGUUAUCAGGUACGGUCCCAGAAUCUUUCUUCCAUCUCAAAAACCUCAGCACUAUCAAUUUAUCGCUCAACCGGCUUAGCGGUAGCAUUUUCCCAUUAACCGGCUCGAAUUCUCUAACCCUUUUGGACUUAACCAACAAUAGUUUCUCAAACACCAUUCCAUCUCGACUAGCUCUGUCCAGUAACCUGACACGCAUACGCCUUGCCCAUAAUGCCUUCAAUGGCAGCAUUCCUCCCGGAUUUAGCAACCUUACGGAGCUUCAGUUUCUUGAUUUGUCUUACAAUAACCUGACGGGCGAGCUGGAAUCGGGGCUUUCAGGCCUGACGAAACUCCGGCACCUUCUGCUCAACAACAACCGAUUGUAUGGAAAUAUUCCCACUUGGUUAGGGGAUAUAGAGCAGCUAGGUGAGCUAGACCUUUCAUCGAACGAAUUCACUGCAAGAAUACCGUCGGAAAUCGGAAAAUGUUCGAGCUUGCUCACACUUUCCCUUCACAGCAACAGGCUAUCCGGUCCGGUGCCACAGGAAAUCGGCAACCUCAGCCUCCUAAACGUCUUAGACCUCCACAAAAACAGCCUAUCAGGCACAAUCCCAAACACAAUUCAACACUGCCAAAAGCUUUUCGAGCUCAGGCUCUCGGAAAACAACCUCACCGGCCCUAUCCCACCCGAAAUCGGCACGCUCAGCGAGCUACAAGUCACUCUAGACCUGAGCUCCAACAAAAUAUCCGGCGAAAUCCCUUCGUCGAUCGGAAACCUCGUGAAGCUCGAACGACUGAACCUCUCCCACAAUCAACUCCACGGCGAAAUCCCGGCCUCUCUAGGGCGAUUAUCCAGCCUCAAUAAGAUCAAUGUCUCGUACAAUCUCCUAGACGGCCAGAUCCCGUCGGCUUUCUCGAAAUUCCCGGCGACCUCGUUCCAGGGCAACGACGAACUAUGCGGGCCGCCGCUGAUUCAGUGCGGGAAAAAACUGGGGCGCACGAGGAAGUACCUUUCCGAGUCUCAGGUAUCCGCGAUCGUGGUGGCGAUCGUUCUCACGGCGACCUUGAUUUGCUUGUGUCUCGUGUACCUAAUGCUGAGGAUAUGGCGGAACUGGAGGAGGGUGGCGGUUUCUUGCUCCGCCGAUGGGGCCGGCAGAGAAAAUGGAGUCAACGACGAAAGUGUUUCUGGAGAAGGGAUUAUGAAGAGCGGCGACGAUUAUCUGGCCUCGUCGUCGUCGUCGGAGCCCAACCGGAGUUUCCUGCAACCAAAAUCCCGUCCGUGA